GUCAGAGGGGUACAGGAGGGGUGAGAGCCUAGUAGGUGAUGUUUGUCCCGCCCACAUUUCGUUCUGAUUGGUGCGCAUUCUCACUCCAGGCGGGGCUCAUUGGCUGUCAGUUGAGGCGGUGUCGAGUUGCCGGCAUCUUGCCCCGCCCUUUCCCUCUGUUGUCUACGUGGGGGACCUGAAGCAGUUUCGGGGUCGGGGUCGGGGGUUGGGGGUUGGGGGUUGGGGGUGGAGUCCCUGGUCCCUGAGUGAGGGCCUGUGGUUAUCUGGGUGCGGGAAUGUGGGGGCUUCAGCUGCUCCUGACGAUGGCUUUCAGUUGCUUCUGUUGGCUGCCCAGCAGCCGGGGCAAGACCCUGAGGGGCAGCUUCAGCAGCUCCUCGGCCUGGAUGCUGCAGGGCCAGAGUAUCAGCCACUUCCAGUUCUAUGGUGAUCAUGCUCUUCUAUGUGUCAGAAUCAACAACAUAGCAGCAGCUGUUGGAAAAGAAGCUAAAAUUUACUUGUUUCAAGCACAGGAAUGGCUAAGGCUACAGGAAGGCAAUCAAGAGCUUUAUAGCUGCACAGAAAAAUUAUCCAAAGCUCCUCUGACAGUGACUCUGAAUCAUACUGAACAUAACCUGACUGUGUCCCAGAUUCCAUAUCCCCAAACUUGGUAUGUGUUUUAUGUCGACAAGUUUACAUGUGACAAUAAUUUUGAAGAUUCUGUAUUAGAAGAUAUCUCAUUUGAAAUGAUAUUACUAAAUCCAGAUGCUGAGGGGAAUCCAUUGGAUCAUUUUAGUGCUGGAGAGUCUGGGUUACAUGAAUUCUUUUUCCUUCUAGUCCUGGUAUAUUUUGUGACUGCCUGCAUUUAUGCUCAAUCACUGUGGCAGGCUAUUAAGAAAGGAGGACCCAUGCACAUGGUUUUAAAGGUGUUAACAACUGCAUUGCUCUGGCAAGCUGGUUCAGCUUUAGCUAAUUACCUGCAUUUCUCCAGUUACUCCAAAGAUGGAAUAGGGGUCCCUUUUAUGGGAAGUCUGGCAAAAUUUUGUGACAUAGCCUCCCAGAUCCAGAUGCUGUACUUAUUACUGAGCCUUUGCGUGGGUUGGACAAUAGGCAGAAUGAAAAAGUAUCAAAGCAGACCUCUCCAGUGGGAUUCUACUCCAGCAUCUACUGGCAUAGCUGUAGUCAUUGUCAUAAUACAGAGUAUUUUGCUGCUUUGGGAACAAUUUGAAGAUACCAAACACCAUAGCUACUAUGCACAACAUAAUUUAGCAGAGAUAUUUAUAAUUAUUUUAAGAGUUUGCCUGGCAUUAUCUUUAGGCUAUGGUCUCUACCAGAUUAUCACAGUGGAAAGAACUACUCUUAAAAGGGAGUUCUACAUCACAUUCGCCAAAGGCUGUAUUUUAUGGUUUUUAUGCCAUCCAGUUCUGGCAGCCAUUUCCUUUAUUUUUAGUGACUACCAAAGAGAAAAGGCUAUUACAAUAGGUGUUAUCAUCUGCCAAUCUGUUUCCAUGGUUAUCCUCUACAGACUUUUUCUGUCUCAUAGUCUAUACUGGGAAGUUUCUUCACUUUCUUCAGUAACACUACCAUUGACAAUAUCAUCUGGACACAAAAGUCGACCUCAUUUUUGAUACUUGUUUAAGGGAAAGUGCAUUCAUUUAACAAGGUGCAAUAAGGAUCCAAAUACAGUGAUGUCUCAUAUUUGUGUUCAUACAUUCUAUGGGGAAAAUUGAACAGAAAAAGCAGAGCAUGUUAUAGCUCUGGCAUCUGAACAGUACCAAAACUGAAGAAAGCCAAUAAAAGAAACAUUAUGAAAUAUAUAUGAGGUAUGAACUUUUAAAGAAAGGUUAUUCUUUUAUGAUGAGCAGUUUUUUUUCCUUAUGGAAACAAAAGGAGAAAAGGAACUGUGCGAUAUUUUAGUUAGAUAUUUUCAAUACAUAUACUUCCUCAUCUUGUAUCAAUAUAGCUGACUCAAGUUUGACAGCCUUAUAAAAAGUAAUCAGUUAAGUGAUUACCUGCUCAAACAUGUCUCAGAUAGCCCAGUUAUGAAAUCAGUGUACUACACUGAGUAAGACGGAUUCUUUUUUUAAGCUUUAAGGAAAAUGCAGUUCAUGUUUAAGGGUAAAAAGGGGUUGAAAAAUGAAGUCAUUUCAGAAAAUGAAUGUAAGGUGUUCACAUCUAAAUUUAGUAAGCUUUUGUUUAUUUGUGGGUGGGGGAAAACGUAAUUUUUUUUUUCCUACCACUAUUGACUUUCAGGUUUCAAUUUGAGGAGCAGGGGGCUUUUGAUAAAGUUAUUUGAAAAAUAAAAUUUUAAAACAUUAUAUAGGUGAUAUGGACAAGAAACCCAGAAGAAAGCUUUUAAAAGGUCACAGUAUUUUGAUGGAAAAAUAGCAGGCUCACAUGUUUGAAAAGAAAAAUGAAAAAUGGAAUGUGUGAUAUGGCACUAAAAUUUUAAUCCUGAUAUAAUUCAUUUCUCUUAUAUUGAAUCCUCAAUCAUAAUUAAGCCAUAUACACAGAUUAAAUUAACAGAAGCAUUUCACAUAAAUGUUGGUUUCAGUCAUCAACUACCCAUGAAUUCCUGCCCAAGGAUACUUAAUCAGGAUUAAAUUUUCUAUGAAUAAUUGAAAAACAAAAUACUCACUGGAUUUGUUAUAAUCCUGGUUGGCACUGGGUUCUAAGUAGUUGCCAUCUUGAAUCCAUUGUAAUAAAGCCAUAGUUUGUGAUGUCCCUUUAUUGAGAGUGCCAGCUGAAAAAAAUAUACUUUAUAGAAGUGCCUGUUUAUUGAAAUAAUGAUUAAAUGGUUGACAGUCUCUUCUGUAUAAAAAUUAGCAUUGCUAUUAAUAGUCACUGAUAGGAAAUUAUUCUUUUUGCAUUCCUCAGAUUAUUUAAAACUUUCAUUUUCACCACUUGCUAUGCCAUCGGAAGUAAAAAAAUUAAUUUGUUACGAAAAGUGGCAUUUUCAAAGAAGUGAAACCUUGAUUUGAUCAUCUUCUUAAAAAUUAAAAGUUAAUAAUAGAGCUCAAUCUUUAAACGUUCAUGGCUUUUUUUUUUUUAGUGUUUGCCCUCAGUCCUAGAAUUGUUUCAUGUAAGGGCUGAGUAUAUUUGAUUAUGACUAAGGCAAAAUGGCACCACGACAAAGUGCAAUAUGCUCAUUAAAUCAUCUCUUAAGGAGUUCUUGGUAAUUUGUUUCAUAAAUGAGAACUGCAGGUUGAGGCUGGAAAAUCUGAGAUAUAUUUGAGUUUCACAUGUACAAAUUAAGCACAGGGUUUUUCUUUUGCUCCACAUUACUAAUAAUGAUAAUCAAGUUCUUUUGUAUUCAGCUGGAGUAUGAUUAAUCAGUUUUUAAAAGUGAAACUCCUUUGAAGAUGUAAAACAAUAGUAAUUGUCAAUUUGGAGUUUCUCUUGUGCAGGGAAAAUACAUAAUAAAUCCUCAGUUGUCCAUCCUGAGUUGUAUGAGUCUGCAAUGUACAUGAUACAUAAUCAGCUUUCAAGAGGAAAUAAUUGUUUUCUAUUUUCUCAUUUAUAUUCAAUAUAUAUAUAUAUAUUUGUUGUAGGUUUGGGUGUUUUUUGUUAAUUUAUUAUGGUCAUUUCAGGAAUCAUUGUUUACAUGAAGGAAAACUUUUAUUCACUAUGAAACUGAUAUGCUUUUACCCUAGGCUUACUCAAACUCAGAAUUAAUAAGACUAGAACUAGAAUAAAUCAUUCCAUCUUUUUACCUGGCAACCUUGUCAUUUCGGUUUGCAGGAAACCUAGGGUUGGAAUGUGUUGUAGAAAUCUUUAGGAGGGGCUCAAAAGCUGACAAAUAAAAUAUUUUUCCAGAUUCUGU